AUGCAAUCAUUGAUGACGAGUAGGCCUCAGAGAGGUGGAUAUCGAGAAGUCUCCAUGAUGUCUAGUAAUGCAUAUAGACCUAGUGAGUGUAACAGGUUUCGUAGUACAUCCUCAACAGAUAAGCUACAAGAUGCUAGACAAACACGGUUGUGUUUUGCACGUGUGCGAGAGGUGCAUACAAAGGUGAACUGUGAACCAGUGAGCAAGUUCAGUGAUAAGCUAAAUGUAAACUCCAGGCCUGACUCCGAAUUGUGUGACGAUAAAGGUGCGGUGAAGAAGUCUGUAGUUGCAACUGGUAAGUCAUUGUUGAUUAGAGUGUCACAGAAUAGAGUUACUGCUUCAGAGUGCAGUUCUGACCCUACAAGUUUAGGAGGUAUUACUAGUCAGAGUGAAGAUAUAGAACCUUUAAUGAUUUGUGAGGAGGAAUCAAAAUUAUCUACUGCUGUUAUUAAAGAGUUUGAAAAUGAUGAACUUGACGGUAAAUUGAAUAUUUUUGGUAAUGAUCAUGAUAGUGCAGAUUUGUCUUUGGUUGAUCAUGAUGAGAUGAGGGAUAUGCCUACUACCGCUAAGUUGAACAAAGGUUCUGUACAACUUGAACGCGAAGUAGAAAUAAAUGCAGAUGCAGUUGCAGAAGUUAUGGAUAUUUGUGAGACCGUCAGUGUGAGUGAUCAGCAUGUAGCCCACCAAUCAUCAGAUGCUAGUGCUAAACCCGAACUAGUAGUGAAAGACAGCAGUGGUGGUAAUCUUGCAGUUGGACAACUAUCUGAGAGUCGAACAAGAACAGCUUCUGAUCCACCACUAAGUUCAUCACCUUGUGUCACACAGUCAUCGUUGGUGCUGACAUCCACAAUGAAACAGACACCCACCAAAUCAACUAACUUGUGA